AUGGAAGUUUAUGUUCUUGACUUACCCUCGUCUGGUACGCACCUCGAAACCAAGCUUGCCCUGAUCACCGCUAUUUCCAAAGUGAUCCACCGUCCACCGGUGCUCAAGUCGGACGAAACUAAGUCGAACUUUCAAGUCGACGUUCGUCCGCUGGGCAAUCCUCAUUCCCAGCACCCCCAGCCAGCUUUCCUCGCCUCUAUCAAUCGAUCCGACCGCCUCACCGCUACCGUCACCUUCCCAACUUCUGAGCUAGGCCAUAGAUUCUUGACCGCCGUCGUUCGCAGUCCUAUCAAGAUCUUCAAUAAUCUUUCGCCUAUUCAAUUCGAACAAUCCCUCCGGAAUGGACGGAGGAUAAUCCCGCACCCGCAGUUGAUUAAGGCUCUCAAGGAUUCGCGUUUCAAAGAAACAACAGAAGUCAUCCAGGAAUUGAAAGAACUAGAGCUGACCCAAAAGCCAAUCCCUAUCAGUCUGAUCGACUUUGGUCGGACCUGUCUACACCUUAAUAAACCUGCCUUCUCAUCCGAAUAUGCGAUUUGUUUACCUUCAGAUUCCAGUCAACUCAGGUUCGAUAUUGACAACAAGUUUAUCAUGCUCAGUUGGACUAACCAAGAGCGCUCCAAAAAGAUCGUGAUUCAACUGCAAACCUUGCGGAAAAUCGAAGCUUGUUCACCUUGGGUGAUACUUUCACUCGCAAGACCCCCUCAGUUUGAAGAGCUUUUGAAUAAGAUCCCUUCGUUCCUCUCUGGCCCUGCCUCAGCUCAAGAUAAAAAUGAUGCUGGUCUACGAAUUCGCGUCCAUGGAUACUCUCACACCAGGGCAGACGCGUUUCCGUUUGUGAACAAUCAACUUCGAAUCCAGUUUGCCACUGACGCGGCUUUCCGCAAUUUCUGUUCCUUGAAAAUCUCUGUACCACUACCGAAGAUCACCUCAUUCAGUCGGACCAUCGUCGAGAAAGAUCAUUAUGAUCCGGAGAGGAUCAAGUCCAUCCUAGAAAACCUCGUCUGUUUUACGAUCCCAGUGGCCUUCCAGAUCGAGUGUCUGCUUCACAACUCCGUCCUUCUACCGUACCAGAUCCUUCGGGUCUGUCAGGCUCUGAUGGGCAUCGAUGAGAGUCUGGCCGAAAGAGCCCUGAUCCAAUUCAUAGAUAACUACAGCGAUAGCAGUGAUGGGAAGCAGACAGGACAAAAGCCGGCUUAUCUGCAAGCACUCCAAGAAGCGCUGAAAACCAGCGCGCAAGAGGCCACGUUACACCAUCCGAAUAUCGACGGUGGCGAUUCUUUCCCAUGUCGGACCGUCACGAUCACUCCCACCAGACUGUCGCUACAAGGCCCGCACAUCGAGCAAUCCAACAGUAUCCUUCGCUUGUACGGACAAACCCACAACUUCGUCAGAGUGUCCCUGGCCGAUGAGACCGGACAUCGACUUCGGUCGAGCCGAGACGUGGAUAUCCAUCACCUUCUCCGUACUCGUUACCGGCCCUUUUUGACCAAAGGGAUGAUUCUUUGUGGACGGAAAUUCGAGUUCUUGGGGUACUCUAACUCUGCCCUCAAAGACCAUCAGGCUUGGUUUGUCUGUCCGUUCUACAAGGGUAAUGAGCUAGUCACUGCGGCCUCGAUACGCGCUAAACUAGGAGAUUUCAGUAAAGUUAUCCGGAUUCCUGCGCGCUACAUGGCCCGAAUCGCCCAGGCCUUCACCUCGACGCGCAAGUCACUCACCUUACGGCCCUCAGAAGUGACGCGAAUGGCCGAUGUGGAGCGGAAUGAUUCCUGCUUCACUGACGGAGUAGGGACGAUCUCCCAGGAGCUUGUCGAUGAGGUCCAUCGGGUGCUGAAUAUCGGGAAUAUCCGAAAGUCGGUCCGGUCGACCUGUUAUCAGAUCCGGCUGGGUGGCUUCAAGGGCAUGCUGUCACUGGAUCCUACCCUGAAGGGCAAAGUAGUGCGGAUGAGACCUUCGAUGGACAAGUUUGACGCGCCGGACUCGUUGACGCUGGAUAUCGCUGGGACGUUCACCAAGCCCUUGGUGGCCUAUCUCAAUCGGCCGUUGAUCAAAUUACUCGAGGACCUGGGCAUCCGGGCGGAGGUGUUCCUGAAGCUGCAGGCGAAGAUCGUCCGGAAGGUGGAAGACUCGCGCAAGAGUCCCAAACUUGCGGCGGAUCUGAUGCAGCAAUAUUCGUUGGGUUCUGGCAGCGGGAUGGCUUCGAUCCUCCACAAGCUGAGCGAGCUCUUGGGGGAUGAGGUCUCGGUUGGCUCUGAUUUUGUUGAGGAGUGUUACGACUUGAUGACGAUCCAAUGUCUGAGAGACUUGAAGUAUCGCGGCCGAAUCCCACUGGAGAAGUCCUACACGUUGGUGGGUGUUGCGGAUGAGGAUAACUUCCUUCCACCGGACUCGAUCUAUGUUUGUGUUCAGUACCCGCAAGGUGCUCCUAAAUACCUCAAAGGUUCAUUCGCUGUCACCAGAUCGCCUAGUCUCCAUCCAGGCGAUGUCAGAGUGGUGACAGCAGUAGGCAAGCUCGACCCAAAGAUAGCCCCCCGGUUGAGCUCAUUGGUGAACUGCGUUGCGUUCCCAGUCCAAGGUUCAAGAUCGUUACCCUCUUGUUUAGGUGGCGGCGAUCUCGAUGGGGAUUUGUUUACUGUGAUCGGCUUGCCCGAGCUGGUCCCGAACCGCGCACGAAUCCAACGGCCUGCGAGUUAUCUACCGCCUGAGAUGAGGAAGUUGGAUCGUGACUGCACGAUUGCAGAUGGCGCGGACUUCUUCUUGGAUUAUAUCUCCAGUGAUUUGGUUGGGAUGAUCGCCACCAGACAUCUGCACAUCGCAGACCAGUGUGCUGAAGGCACGCUGAAUGGGGCCUGUCUCAGACUCGCCGAGCUCCACUCGGAUGCAGUGGAUUAUCCCAAGACAGGCGUCCCGGUCAACAUACGACAGCUGCCGAACCCUCCGGCUAAGAUGAAACCGGACUUUAUGUGCCAUGAACACGACAGCGGGAAGGAGGGCGAGGAUUACUACGAGUCGGGCAAGGUGCUCGGGAAGCUCUUCCGGGAGAUCCCGGCGGACAAGAUCGACAUCUUUAUCCAAGCAAGCCACAUCGACGACGACAUUGCGGAGAUGCACCGGUUCCGGCGGACUGACCGCCAGUUUGGGGGGGUGUACGCGCGGCUGGACGGGGACAGCCGGCUGCACCGGCUGGUUGUCCGGCGGAUCAAGCGCAAGUACGCGGAUGGGCAGGCGUACCGGCGGGUUGUCCGGCUGGACGAGCGGCUGCGGGAUGAGUUUACGGGGCUGCUGGCCUGGUUCGGGAGCGAGCUGAUGAAGAUCUGCAAGCUGAACAGCGUCUCGACGCGGACGGGCGGGCACCACCUGACUGAAUCGGAGGCCUUCCUGGGGGUGAUCGUGAUGCCCUGCGAGCGGUUCGAGAAGCGGGCGGCGCUGAGCGGCCUGCUCGAGCAGACGACGGCGCUCUUCGGGCUGCUCCGCGCGUCGAUCCUCGGCGGGCCCGGCGACGCGGAGUCUGAGGUGGAUGAGCUGGAGGAGGAUGAGCUGGGGGGCGUGCACCGGGCGUUUGUGGCCUGGACGGUGGCCACCCAGUCCCAGUCCAACCUCUUUGGGACGCACAGCUUUGGGUUCAUCAGCCUGGGGCUGCUGCUGAGCCAGGUGCUGGAUUGA